UAAAUUAUCCUGAAUAAGGUAAAUCUGAUAAUUUUUGAAUAAUGAUAGAAUAUCAAAUGUAAAAUUAAUGGCAAGUAACAGUUGAGAGACUUCUGGAAAUACACUGUGGAAAACAUCAAGUAUUAUUUUCAAGAACAGCAGAAAGCUAGAAGAGUGGUACCUGCAGCCACAGAUCAGAAGACUCAGUGACCUAAGUCUGUCCCAGUCCUGAAGAUGUCAAUGAAUAAUUCUCCAAAUGUAUUCUUGGAUCCAAAUGCAAAUCGGUUUCAAGUUAACAUAAUUAAUGAAAGCCAUGACAGCAACGAAGCAUCCCAAGAGGACGUGGGCUCUGACCCACCACAUUAUGAAGAAACAUCUUUUACUGAGGAAGCACACAACAGGCUGAGAAUCAGUUACAGACCGGGAAAAAGAGAAUUGUAUGACAAUUUUCUUCAAAAUGGGGAGAAAACAGAAGCCAGUUUACAUCCCUGUGAUACUCACCAUAAAAUGUACUAUCUACAAACUUUUGGCCAUAACACCAUGGAUCCAGUUCCUAAAAUUGAUUAUUAUCGAAACACUGGCAGCGUCAGUGGGAAUAAGCUCAACAGACCAAGCUUAUUAGAAAUUCAUGAACAACUGGCAAAGAACAUAGCUGUGAGCACUGGCUCAGUGGAGAGGGUGGCUAAUGGAGAAAGCACUGCUGGAGAUGAGACAGCAGCCAGCAAGGAAGAAGAAAAGAAAACAGGAUUUGUCAAGUUUGGAUGGGUGAAGGGUGUGCUGGUAAGAUGCAUGCUCAAUAUCUGGGGCGUGAUGCUUUUUAUUCGACUUUCCUGGAUUGUAGGUCAAGCAGGAAUUGGUCUUGGAAUCAUAGUUAUUGCUCUGAGCGUAGUAGUAACAACUUUAACAGGUAUCUCCAUGUCUGCCAUUUGCACCAAUGGAGUAGUAAGAGGAGGUGGCGCAUACUAUCUUAUCUCAAGAAGUCUAGGUCCAGAGUUUGGCGGAUCUAUAGGACUUAUCUUUGCUUUUGCAAACGCUGUGGCGGUUGCUAUGUACGUAGUUGGAUUUGCUGAAACGGUCGUAGAGCUUCUUAAGGAGAGUGAUUCGAUAAUGGUAGAUGAGUCCAAUGAUAUCAGAAUAAUAGGUACCAUAACUGUUAUAUGUCUUCUUGGCAUCUCUGUUGCUGGCAUGGAAUGGGAAGCAAAGGCUCAAGUUAUUCUUCUAAUUGUUCUCCUUAUUGCCAUUGCAAACUUCUUUAUUGGGACAGUUAUUCCUACCAAUAACGAAAAGAAGGCAAAAGGCUUUUUUAAUUACCAAGCAUCAAUAUUUGCAGAAAACUUUGGACCAGAUUUCAGAAGUGGAGAAGGAUUUUUUUCAGUGUUUGCCAUCUUUUUCCCAGCUGCAACUGGCAUUCUUGCAGGAGCCAACAUCUCAGGAGAUCUGAAAGAUCCGCAGGGUGCGAUACCCAAAGGAACAAUGCUGGCCAUUCUGAUAACAACAGUUGCUUACAUAGCCGUUGCGGUAUGUGCAGCCUCCUGUGUUGUACGAGAUGCUACUGGGAACAUCAAUGAUACAGUUACACCUGGGAUGAGUUGCAAUGGAUCAUCUGCCUGCAACCUAGGCUAUGAUUUUUCCAGAUGCAGAAGUCAGCCAUGUGAUUAUGGGCUGAUGAAUAAUUUUCAGGUGAUGAGUAUGGUGUCUGGCUUCGGUCCUCUCAUCACAGCUGGCAUCUUUUCUGCUACUCUGUCAUCAGCUCUGGCAUCUCUGGUCAGCGCACCCAAAGUUUUUCAGGCUCUUUGCAAGGACAAUGUCUACAAAGGACUCCACUUCUUUGCCAAAGGAUACGGAAAAAACAACGAGCCAAUCAGAGGAUACGUACUCACUUUUGUGAUUGCUAUGGCGUUCAUUUUGAUUGCUCAACUGAACACCAUUGCUCCCAUCAUCUCCAAUUUCUUCCUGGCUUCAUAUGCUUUGAUUAAUUUCUCCUGCUUUCAUGCCUCAUACGCAAAAUCUCCAGGUUGGAGACCUGCAUUCAGGUAUUAUAACAUGUGGAUAUCCCUUUUUGGAGCCCUGUUGUGCUGUGGCGUUAUGUUUGUCAUCAACUGGUGGGCAGCUCUCAUCACUUAUGUCAUUGAACUCUUUCUAUAUAUUUAUGUAACAUAUAAGAAACCAGAAGUAAACUGGGGCUCUUCCACACAGGCUCUUUGCUAUAUUAAGGCCUUAGACAGUGCACUGGCAUUAGCUACAGUGGAAGAUCACGUGAAAAACUUCAGACCCCAGUGCAUAGCAUUAACAGGAGCUCCUAUGAUCAGGCCUGCUCUGCUCGACAUCACACACACUUUCACAAAGAACAAUGGUCUGUGCAUCUGUUGUGAAGUGUACACGGGACCACGCAAGCUGUGUGUUAAGGAGAUGAACAGUGGCAUGGCAAAAAAGCAGGCCUGGCUUACAAAGAACAAAAGAAAAGCCUUUUAUGCAGCAGUGGCAGCUGACAGCUUCAGAGAUGGAGUGAAAAGUCUCCUUCAAGCCUCAGGAUUGGGUAGAAUGAAACCAAAUACUUUGGUGAUUGGAUUUAAGAAGGACUGGAGAAGUGCUGCUGUCACACAAGUUGAAAACUAUGUGGGUGUUAUACAUGAUGCCUUUGAUUUUGAACUUGGCAUGAUUAUUGUCAGAAUUAGCCAAGGAUUUGAUAUAUCUCAGGUACUCCAGGUUCAAGAGGAAUUAGAGAAGCUGGAGCAGGAGAGAUUGGUACUGGAAGCUACAAUUAAAGAAAAUGAAUUUGAAGAAGAAAGAAGUGGCAUCUGUGGAUUCUUCAGAAAAGCCAGAAAGCUCAAUAUCACAAAACAUGAAACAAAAAAUGAAAGCACCAUUAACACAGUACAGUCAAUGCAUGUGGGAGAAUUCAAUCAGAAGCUUCUAGAAGCCAGCACUCAGUUUAAAAAGAAACAAGGAAAAGGCACAAUUGACAUUUGGUGGCUGUUCGAUGAUGGAGGUCUAACAAUCCUAAUUCCUUACAUUCUAACUAUCAGGAAAAAGUGGAAAAAUUGCAAAUUAAGGAUCUUCACUGGAGGAAAAGUCAAUAGGAUUGAAGAAGAAAAACUAGCGAUGGCUUCACUUCUAAGCAAAUUUAGAAUAAAAUUUGCUGACAUUAAUAUCAUUUGUGACAUCAAUAUGAAACCCAACAAAGAGAGUUGGAAAUUCUUUGAAGAGAUGAUUGAACCAUAUCGUCUCCGUGAAAGCUGCAAAGAUAUAACAACUGCUGAGAAAUUAAAGCGAGAGACUCCAUGGAAAAUUACCGACGCAGAGCUGGAAGCAUUCAAAGAAAAGAGUUAUCGCCAAGUUCGUUUGAAUGAACUCUUACAAGAGCACUCGAGGGCAGCUAACCUCAUUGUCCUGAGUCUGCCAGUGGCAAGAAAAGGAGUAGUGUCCGAUUACCUGUAUAUGGCUUGGCUAGAAAUUCUCUCAAAGAACCUUCCUCCAAUCUUAAUGGUCAGGGGCAACCACAAGAAUGUACUGACUUUCUAUUCUUAAAUCUGCAAAUAAAUACUGCUUCCAAAUGGCACGGUCAUAGUUACUAGCAAACACAAAGCAGAAUGAAUGAAAAUCAAAUGCACCAACUUGGAGGAGAGAAAAAAAAUUAUGGUAUCCAUUAGGUCAGAGCCAUAAAGUGAUAUAAAGCAAGCAGAAUACCCACGACGCUGUUUAAUUAUAAUAUUGCCAAAUUAAAACCUAUGCCUAGAGCAGAUGCCUUUACCUAAAUUGUAAUGCUAAUUUAAUGCAAUGUUAAUUCAAAUGCUUCUAAUUAACUUGCAAACAAAAAAAGUUGCAUAGAUAACGAGAUGGAUUCUAUAUGACAAGAGCUGAUAAUGAAUUUUCAAGCUCUGACAUGGACUGGAAUGUAUGAUUGCAAUAACUAAAGGUGGUAUGUAAAUUUCAAAAGGAAAUUAGUGAGCUACUAAAUAUUCAGACAAUUUUUGCUAUGAAUGUUAUGAGUUAAGAAAAUCUGAGAUUAUACUUCGGGAUAAUAUAUACAGUGAUUCAUGCAAGUGAUUAGAUAACAAAAUAAAUUUGAUUA